AUGACCCUCUUAACAUUGGCUAUCAUAUUACUGCUAACCCCCUUCAAUGGUACCAGUGUUGCUACACUCGACGUCACUGACUCUUCAUCCUGCGGUAACACUAGAUCUUUGUGGGACAUCAUCUGGAGUUGCGUUGCAACUCUAUUCGCAUGCACGUGGACCGCGAUUCAUCCAAACAUCCCAGGUAUGGACGAGGGGAAGUUCACUGUUUUCUCCCGUCGCCUAGGCAUCAUGAUGAUGGCGCUAAUUGCCCCAGAACUCAUCAUCACCUGGGCCACAGUACAGUUUCUAAGUGCUCGUGACACUGCAAAGGCCUUCAAUGAUGCCUUUGGUGUGCAGCUUCGCCAGGCCCACAACGACCAUCCAGAUAUAGGAGAGAACGAAGCUACGUUGCUCGGUGAAGUUCCUGCAUCAGAUAGAACGAACAGCCCGCAUUCAAGUGCUCUGCGCAUGGCAAGACGUGCUUUCAGAGAGUGGACAGUGACGCAUGGUUUUUUUGCAUGGAUGGGUGGAUUCACGCUCUACUUCAAUGACAAACAACGAGCCACCCUCACACCAAAGGAACUUCUGGAUUUUGUUCGUGAUGGAUCAGUGGAUAUACCUGUCAUCAUGAAGGCAGACAUAGAAGAUCGAAGCAAGGGCGAUGCAUUAUCCAAAGGCAUCGCAAUUAUUCAGCUGGCGUGGUUCGUCUUCCAGCUUGCCGCCCGUUACGUUCAAAAUCUCCCGAUGACUCUGCUCGAAAUCGACACCCUUGCUGUAGCUGCCCUGACCGGCAUCGCCUAUGGCUUUUGGUGGAAGAAGCCCAAGGACGUAGGACGCCCAUAUGCUGUUUAUUGGAAAACAGCUACCUCUCCAUCAUACGAAUUAGCCUACGAGUAUGUAGUCAACGUUCUCGCUUGAAUUUUUUUCAUUUGCCUGCAUUCUAGCAAAGUAGACGGGAUAUUCUCUGCUAAAAACUUGAUUGAUCUCUUGUUGACUUACAUCUAUCCCCUUCCCAGUCUUAUGGGCGUUGGCAUCUUUAAUUCCCCCCAUAGCGUCCAUUCACGUCGGGUUCCGUCUAUAGGUGGCUACG